UACUUCCGCAGUCCGAAGAUGUGCACUGCGUUCCACCAACUAUCGACGAGGCAGUCAUGCCUCCAGACUAUUGCAAAAUCCUGCGCCGCGUUUGCCUUCACCAGACUGCGCUGGUGUCAUUUGAUCCGGACUUCCAUGCCAGCUAUGAUCCGGUGACCAACCGCAGUGAACUGCGCCCUCCACUGCCGUACCUUCACACUUGGAGAAGCUCCUGGAAUAUUCCGGGAGCCAUGAAUAGCGACGCCAUCGUUGGAAACCAGGAUGCUUACCUGCUCACCGUCCGACCCGCCAGUCGUCUAGAGGCCUCCCCCCACCUGCAGCCCCCUUCGCCCGAGGCGCCCGAGGUGCCACAGGAGCCAGAGGAGCGCCCCGCCUUCUCCAGGUGUACGGUACCUGUCGUACUGCUGACCGAGUGGCCCUUCAAUUUUUGCGAGUUCUUUGUCAACGGAGCCGCUUCGGCAGACCUGUUGUUCCGGAAGCUACAGAUGCUGCCUGAUGGCGAUGUGACGCUGGCGUUGGCAUUGCCUGCCGGUCUGGGCCUUAUGCCGUACCAUCAGGCUCUCUUAAGCCACCUCAGCAUUCGGCCAAUCACGACAUUGGAGAAGAUGGCGGCGGAGGCGGAGGCUACGUCGUACAGUCGUGAGGGCGGCGGAGGCGGUGCGCGGGUUACCUGGUCCCACGACGGCAUCCCAAGGUCUUGUUUCAAACGGGUCUUGGUGUGCAAGUUGGAGCGAACAGAUCGCGCGUCCCCUCUGGAGACCGCCGCCGCCGUGGCGGCGCACAUGGACGGCACUGGUGGACCGUUGCCGGAGGACCCCCUGGGUUUCGGAGCCGCCGCCGCCGCCGUCGCCAGUGGCAGCAGCUCCCCCGGUGUCUCACAGCCGCCGCCAUCGUCACCACCGUUGCCGCCGCUGCGAGAGGACGAUACUCUGCGUGUGGCUAUCGAGACUCGUCAUGGCGGAUCGAGGACCAUUCGCAAUCUGCACCAGCUUGUGGAGGCGUGUCAUAGAAUGGACUGGAAAGAGGUGGCCGGCUUCCGUCGUGUCGUGUGCCGGCCGCUCAUCACGUACGACACCCCGCAACUGUACGGCCUCGACCGGUUCCGCGCCACUGUUGCUGCCGUACGAUCGUCCCAUAUAUUGGUUGCGGUGCACGGCGCCGGCGCCGCCAACGGCUUUUUCCUGCGUCCCGACGGCGACCGACAGGCUGCCGCGGUGCUGGAGGUUCGUCCGUGUGGUUUCGGUAGCGGCUUUCCUUGGUGGGUGGAUGUGCACAUGGCGCUCAACUUGCCACGACUAGGGGAUGCGGUUCGUUUUCACGCCUACAACAUCGAAGACCCUACCCAGUGCAGCCCUUCAGAUUGGGAGCUCGAUAUCCGUACAGGCACAGGCGCCGUAAACACCCGCGCAGGCGGCGGCCACUUCGCACGUGACCAACACCUAACGUUGCGUCCCGACGGUUUCAUGGCGAUGGUACGGCACGUGGCCAGCAUGCUCCGGAACCGGGAGGCGUACGACAUGGCUAAGGCGGCCAACCGGCUGCAUGGCUACGCCCUGCCAGGGGAGGCGGGGGAGGGCGGGGAGGCGGGGAAAGGGAGCUCGGGUUUGUGGGGGAGGAGCGGGGGGGUAGUGCUGGGGCCGCUGGGGAUGGGUAAUUUUACGGAGCACGCGGCGUCGGGUACAGCGGUGUUUGUGCUGUCCCCUGAGUGA